AACAUGGGCUGAGCCUAUUUGCAGGGGAGGAUGAGCUGUGGAGUCGGUGCUGCUGCUGAGCACUGGUCGUGAUUUUCCCCGCUGAGCGAAGAGAAGGAUCUGACCGCCCGCAGACGCGCAAACAUGGUGGUGACACGUGGAUUUUGAUAGCGGGCGAGACGACCCACCGGCCACCGGGUGGAUUCGCCGCGCUCGACGCAUGGGCGUGUGUCACCGUCCGGGAGCGCACACGUUUCCUUCCCACUCCGGCUCCCGGCAAUGCGCUCGCUAAAGGAAACUGGCUGCGCAGAGACAUCCGGAAAACGCAUCCGUGCGCCAGGGCCAGUGGGCCAGUCUGCAUCCAGAAAUGCUCGUGGCAACACAAAGCAAGGCUUCAAGGAGCUGCGAUAAGAAACCACACAUGCACAUCGGCAUGGGUGCGUCAACACGGUUAUUUCGCUGCAUCCUGCGGGCGAGGCUUUGGAGCGCGGUCGUGCAAUGAGACAAUCCGGAUUCAUCAAGUAGACUUUAUUGAUACAUAAUCCGACAAUAUGGCUGAUCAGAGCAACAUCCAGUCCUCCGCCUCCAAGAGCAUCCGGCCCUUUAAAUCCAGCGAGGAGUACCUGUACGCCAUGAAGGAGGACCUGGCGGAGUGGCUCAACACCCUGUACGACCUGGAUGUCACCGCGGACACCUUCAUGGACGGCCUGGAGAGCGGCUGUGCCCUGUGUCGGCACGCCAACAACGUGAACCGCGCCGCGCAGGACUUCCAGCUGGAGUGGCCGGAGGCUGCGCGGUCCAUGAAGGUGCCGUCCAAGGAUGUGGGCUUCCAGUCGCGCAACGUCGUGCCCGGCUCGUUCCUUGCCCGGGAUAACGUGUCCAACUUCAUCAGCUGGUGCCGGCAGGAGCUCUGGAUCAAGGACGUGCUCAUGUUCGAGACCAACGACCUGGUGGAGAGGUGCAACGAGAAGAAUUUCAUCCUGUGCCUCCUCGAGGUGGCGCGCCGCGGCUCCAAGUUCGGCAUGUUGGCCCCCAUGUUGAUCCAGCUGGAGGAGGAGAUCGAGGAGGAGAUCCGGGACCAGGAGAGCCUGCGGAUCGACGCGGUGAAGCCUGCCGAGCAGAGCGCGCCCACCAGGGGCUUCAUUCGGAAGGAGAGCAGCCACCACAGUGCGGAGGAGGACGAAGAUGAACCCGAACCAGAGCCCUUCAUCUGGCAGCCGAAGAGAGUGUUAUGUGACAUGCGAAAUUUGGAUGAGCUGGUGAGAGAGAUCCUGGGCCGAUGUUCCUGUCCGGCUCAGUUCCCCAUGAUCAAGGUGUCAGAGGGGAAGUACAAAGUGGGAGACUCCAGUGCACUGAUCUUCAUUAGGGUCCUGCGCACUCAUGUGAUGGUGCGCGUCGGAGGGGGCUGGGACACAUUAGAGCACUAUUUGGACAAGCAUGACCCGUGUCGCUGUGCUGGUUUUGCCCACCGUUACCACCAGGCUAAAGCCAGUGGCCAAGGUCAGGGGACCCACAGCAAGUCGUCCAGUGCCCACUCCUCUCGCUCCACCAGCCCAGGACCACACUGGAGAAACGAUGGCAUUGCACCUUACAAGCCCCCCGACAGGCGCCCCACGGAGCCCCCCUCUGCUCCCUGUGCCUCCACACGGCAGAGCAGACCCCAGAACUCUUUGGGCCACACUGAGCCUGACUCUGGCGGAGCCCGGAAUCUGCUUCCACGGCCGCCACGGGACCGUUCAGAACCCCGACACUUUAAUCCUCUCAGGAAUAAGGAGACAAUGAUGCCAGUAACGAGACGUCUGUCUGGAGACAGUGACUCCUCCACAGCAUCAUCUAAGGGAGGAGGAGGAGGAGGGGGAGGGGGGCGGUACUCUCUCGGUGGCGCGUCACGGCGCUCUGGUGAAGAGGUCAUCCUGCUUGUCAAUCGCAAAGAGGGGAAGCACAUGAUCGAGAGGUCCGGAGCAGGAACUCAGUCCCUUCGUCCCUCACUGCCCCGAGCGCGCAGUCAAUCUCGGGAACGGGCUGCACUCGCUCCGAUACUCAAGCCCAACCCACCACAAGGAUCCUCUGAUGGAACUCGGACAGAGAGGGGACGCUCCCUCGGAAAUGAGGGCGCCAGAAGGUUCCACGUUCCACGCUCCCAAAGCCAGAGUAAGGUACAGAGCCGUACUCGGGCCAGUGAUGCCAGCCCGAGUCCCGCUCACUGCUACAGAGACCCUCAGCCCCCACCGUCUGACAGACGAGAGGAACUUCGGGCCAAACAAAUGCCCCCUUCCUCUCCUAGAAUGGGUGGUGUGUUCUCCAAGAGGCAAUCGUCCUCAUGCUCAAACUCACCUAUUAAAGGGAUUCAGAGCAACAACAGCAGCCCACACAAGAAGACUAUCACUACCCCCAGACCCCCUGCCCCUCGCUCACCCUCCACAGGGAAGGGCAGACUGCUGCCGCCAGUAAACUCAGGAGGUCGGCGUUCACCACACUCAUCUCCGCGAAACUCUCACCAUCAUUCUGCUCGCUCCCCUCGGGUGUCACAGGGACCCCGCCCUGUUGGUCGCGGCCACUACAAAAGCUGCUCAGGCAUGGAGCGGCAGGAUCCUGAGGAGGAAGGAAUAGGCUUUGGCUUCCAGAUCCUUCCAGUGCUCGACCCCCAGAAGGAGCAGGACCUGUAUCGUAGCUUUGAGGCCGAGUUUCUGGCCAACACGCAGCAGGCUAGAGGAGUGUCAAGUAAAGCUCCAGGAGGAGCGACCCUGCAGGGACCUGUGACACAUUUGGUGCCAACUCUCACCGAUCCUAAUGUGACUGACUCUGCCUAUUCCUCCUCUAACUCCUCCUCCUCCUCUGUGAAUGUGGGGUCAAAGAUUGGAACUCUGCCUGACCUUAGGGAAUCCAAGAGAACUAAUCCCAGUCAUUUCUCUCUAGAGGACCCCUUACAUUUACUUCAUGGAAACAACUUUAGAGGACCACACAACUUUUGUCAGGGAGAGCCUGAACACUGGGGGGAGCGGGGUCUCAGGAAGCUCCCGGCCAUCUCUAGCUCCAUGGAGGAGAGGGAACUCUCAUCAUCCCUCCAGAGUCCAACAGUUUAAUUAUUCAGCCCCCCCUCACAGCCGGCCUUCCACUGUAGGAAUAUGAAUGGAGACCCUGGGGGUGGUCCUCGUACAGAGGGGCUGACAGGUCAGCAGGGUCAGCUUGGCUGGGGCACAGGGCCUGAGGGCAGUGUCCCUCUGGAGAAUCACCAGCCAAACUUUUCUAAUAACCUUGAAAAUGGUGAAGGGAGUGAUGACCUACCACCUCCCGAGGCUUGUCCAUCACCCGUGCACCUUCCCCCUUCUGAAGACUGCUCCUUCCAGGAUUCCUCCAGUGAAAGCUCCUCCAUGUGCUUUAGUUUGAGCGAAUCUCGCUCUGAUUCCCCCCCACCGACGUCCCCGCUGGCCAACGGGGACACGGACGGAGAAGUGCUGCAGACUAAGAAAGGGCAGAGGAAGGCGGACAAGGCGGCCCUUCUCUCAAAGCACAAACUGAAAACCAGAAUCAGGCCUCGCACUGACAACAGGCCGGAGAACAGCCCCUCGCGUAUCCCCACCCCGGUCAGCUACAGAGAUCUGCAGGCUCACAACCCCCUCUCCCCCUGCCACACCCCACCGCUGUCCCCUCAGAGCUCCCGUUCCACCGGUCAUCCUGCUACAUGCAAGAGCCUGCACCACGCUUUUGCGGACAUGAUCCAUCCUCAGCCGCGAUCCCCGGCCAUGGGUAACAAAGACUGCUCAUUCCCUGGACAGUCAGGAAGCCUCGAUAAUGAAGCUUGGAUGUAGCACAUGAACUGAAGGGUAUGACGUGGAGGAUUUUGACUACUGUGUACAAUAAGACUGGGCUAUAGACUGUUUUCAUUGCAUGUCAAACACUCCUUUUACAUUUAGUCUCUCGCCUGAAUAACUGCAGGGGGGGGGGGGGGGGG